AUAUUUUUUGUUUUUUACACGUUUUUGAAUUUUUUUUCACCCACAUGCUCAUAAAAAGAAACACUUUAAGCAUUUUAUCUUCUUGUUGUUACAAAUGCUUACAAGGGUGAGAUGUAUUCUUAUGUGCUAUUGGUAUUUUUUAUCACAGGAUUUAAAUGCAAUCUACUAUUUGAGGUUGAUAGCAUUUAUGGAACUGAUAACAUUACUUGCCUAAAUGGUAAAAAACCAUGCAAAAGCUUAAACUAUGUGUUUACAAAUAUUAAAAAUAUGAGCCAUUCAACUUUAAAGAUUUUAAAAGGAGUAUAUAAAAUUUCUACAGACAUUCGGGUAAAUGAUUUAGUUUCCAUGGAGAUAGUAUCCUUUGACAAUCCUUUGCUCAAAUGCGUUAAUUCAUCUGGUUUAACAUUUAUUUCUUCAACGAACAUUACAAUACGAGGAGUUACAAUAAAAAAUUGUGGUGUAAAACAUAAUAAGAUUGAAUACAAAAAAGAAGGAAAUUUUUAUCAUUCUUUUAUGAGCACUGCUAUUUGUUUUACUAAAUGCAAAGAUGUUUUUAUAGAUAAUGUUAUAUUUCAAGAAAAUGAAGGUGUGGCUCUUGCUUUUUUUGAUGUUUGCAGUUCUGUGCAAAUUUACCAAUCAUCUUUCGAAUCAAAUGUAAAUUUUAUCACAAGAGAAAAUAUUUCAGUGGGCGGUGGGGUGUAUGUAGAGUUUACCAAUUAUACGAGUUUAAGUUCUUUUAUUAAUGCAGAUACUAAGUACUUUAUUAAAAAAUGCAAUUUUUCUAACAAUUCCUUGGUCAGUGGAUUAAAACAAAUUGAUAUGUCUACCAAAGUCCAACAAAAAAUAUAUGCCAGAGGCGCUGGUCUUUCCAUUGUAUUAGGAGGACAUGCAAAAGGAAAUCUUUUGAACAUUGUUGAUUGUUUAUUUAUAAAUAACACUGCUCUUUGGGGAGGAGGUAUGUUUUUAUUUUUAGCAGAGGCAUCUGAAAACAACUCUAUCUUUAUCAAUGGCUGUAUAUUUAAGGCAAAUAAAGCCUGUUUAGCCGGGGGCGGUAUUCGUGUUUAUGAGGAAUCCAAGCAAAAAAUAACGACUACAGAAAAUAAUAUUCAAUUAGAAAACGUCUUGUUUAAUAAAAACUCAGCUAUAUGGGGAGGUGGAGUUUCUAUUAAAGGUACAAAACAAGGUUUGUACAAGUAUGAAGAUAUGACAGCAAACGUUUUUUUUUAUAAAUGCAUUUUUGAUGAAAAUUUUGGUACUGUAGGUUUUGCAAUAGGUCUUCAUACACGAAAUUUUAACAGAAGAAUAUACGAUAGAGGAGUAUCAUAUCGGGUUGUUAUAAAAAAUUGUUUAUUUAAUAAGAAUCAAAUGAAAUUAACAGAAGAUGAAAAAGUUAUUGGUCAAGGUUGUAUUUACUUCAAAGAAGCGUUACUUGUGCUUACUGGCAACAAUAGUUUUACAUGUAAUCAAGGAACAGCUGUUGUGUUGGAAUCCUCAUCACUAACUUUUGGCAAAUCUAGUUAUUCUGUGUUUCAAAAUAAUACAGGAACAGAAGGAGGUGCAAUUGCUUUGUAUGGAACGUCAUGGUUAGAACUAGAAAAAUAUUCUAAUUUAUUGUUUGUUCGCAAUUCAGCAUUACGAAGAGGGGGAGCAUUAUAUGUCAAACAUGGUGGUCCACGUCGAGUUGCAUUUCAAAAUACAGAAAUGCAAACUUCUCCUUGUUUUAUACAGUACAAAGGUAUAGAUACUUUUGAAUGGCCUGUUAAUAUAACUUUUCGAGCAAAUUAUGCCCCGCCAAAUUUUGGAAACUCCAUAUGGGCUUCAACGCUACAAUAUUGUCGUUCCGACGGCGAGAGUCGCAUUAACUCAACAGCUCUUGUUUGGCCUUUUAUAAAAUACGAAAGUUCAAGCACAGAUCCAGAAAUUGUAACUAGUCCUGUAGAGUUAAAUUUUGAUAAAGAACAAUGGAACGUUUCACCGUACUUUCCUUUUUCUACUGAUGUCCGUCAAAUCGAUGAACGUGGACAAAGUGUUUUCGGUUCCGUAAAAAUAAUUAUAACUAGCGAAAACCAAUCUGUAACAUUAGAUCCUCCAAAUUAUGAUUUUCUUGUGCGAGAUGAAAUCUCUAAACUAAGGCUAUUGGGAAAAACGCAAUCAAAGUUUUCGGUGACAUUGGUUACUAACAACGAACAACUAGUUGUUUCACCUGCGUAUAAUGUUUCAUUAAAUUUAUGUUUACCAGGUUUUCGCGAAAUCGAAAAUAAAUGUGUUUGCAUGAAUGCUGAAUUCGGAGAUGUAGUUCGUUGUCUAGAAAAUGGCACGGUGUAUAUUUUACGUGGCAGGUGGGGUUAUGUAAGUAAUAAAACCAGUUUGCUUGAAACUAUAGUGUGUCCAAAAUCCUACUGCAAAUGCCAUAGUAAUAUCGAAGAAUAUUUAUGCGAGUUUGAUGUAAAAGAGCAAUGUUCUCAAAAUCGUCAAGGAAGGCUUUGUAGUCAAUGUUCUGAAGGAUAUAGUGUGGCUAUACUUAACGAAGAUUGUAAAAUCUGUACAACAAAUGGGACGCAAAUUACUUUAGUAUUUUUACUUAUUUUAGGUUUGCUGUUAUUUUAUUUCAUACUGUUAGUUGCUCUUUUAUAUUUUGAUGUAGAUUUUUCUGGAUACUUUAAUGUUUUCUUUUAUUGGUACCAAACUAUUGAUUUGGUUAUUCCCGCAAAUGUACAGCUUACCAGUGGUACACUGUUUUUAAUUGGUUUUUCAUCAUUAACUGGAACAGGUGAAAACACAGGUUUUUGUUUAUAUAAUGGACUAGAUAACUUAACAAAACUUGCAUUGAAUUACGUACCUCCAGUUUUGUUUAUUUUUACUGCUGUUAUGUUGCAUUUUGAUUGCAUAUGGAAAGUAUUUUGUCUCCGUAAAUUUAAACAGCUGUCGAUAGAGGAAUGCAGUGAUAAGCAGAAAAUCUCUCGCGGAAAAGCAUUGGGCUUUGUGAUUGUUGUAACAUUUUUUCAGAUUAUUACAGUUUCGUUUAAACUUCUUGACCCUAUUGAAAUUGAUGGUGAGUUAUAUGUAAACAAAGCAGCGUUUGCUAAAUACUUUCGACCUCCGCAUAUAUUUUUCGGAUUACUUGCAGUGUGUUUUUUAGUUGUAAUCGUGUUAUUCUUAUUGUUUUUAAUUUUCAAUCCCAAGUUUAUAAGAAGUCAUAAAUAUAUAGGGAAAAAAUAUUGCCGAUACAUUGUCCCUGUUUUUGAUGCGUUAAAAUCCUGCUUUAACAAAUCAAAGAUAAUUGGUAAAGAUACAAGCCAACAGGAAAGAGAAAUAAAAAUAAAGUCCAGACAUCAGCGAAUGUUUGCGGCUUUUUAUUUUGUCUGUAGAGUGAUAAUGAUAAUGAUUUCUGUUAUUAUUAAUAACGAAAUUAUUGAACAUAUUUUUCUCUCUUCAGCAUCUGUUAUAAUUCUGACAAUUUUUGCUACAUAUCAGCCUUACAGAGAACCUUAUUUUAACUAUUGGGAUAUUUUAACUUUACUUUUUAUGUGCAUUGCUAGCUUGAUUAGUUUGAUUCUUAGUGUCCCAUAUGUAACAAGUCAAACUAAUUUAAAUGGCAUUAUAGUGUUUUUGGAAAUCCUUAUAUGGUUGCCAAUGGGAAUUUUACUUUUAAGGCUUGGUAGACCUAUCUGUAUAUGGUUAUUAAUAAAGUGCGGUUUAAAAGAUUUCUUUAAAGAUGAAAACAUGUCAAUUAACGAAGUACCUAUAAGAGGCAUGGAAUGUAUAUCUAAUGAGAAAAUCAAUUAUGCAUCUAAUGAGGAAAAUCAGUUAUAAAGUUGUUAAAAUUUUAUCAGUUUUUUUUAAAUUUGUGUCUGCAAUUUGCACACAGAAUAUUUGUAUUAAU